AUGGCUUCCGUGCGCUUCCCCGACGACAGUCUCAACGUGCCGGAUACCGAGAUUCAGGAGACGCCCAGCAAUAUUUCAAAACCCACCAAACGGCAAAGAUGGGCGACGACACGACAUGCCGGCUCCGGCGGCGUGCGGAAACGUGUCUCGAUCAUCGAUCGUUUUCAUAAAAGAUCGGAUUCGAGAGAUGAGAAGCGUAGGUCCAACGCCCCUAGCUCGACUGCCGACAAUGCUUCUACGAACGGCGUCGAACCCUCAGAAUCCGGCGCGAACCGAACGAUCUACUUCAACAUCCCGAUCCCUGAAUCAGAACGCGAUGAAGAUGGGCAUCUGAUGCACACCUACCCUAGGAACAAGAUUCGUACAGCCAAGUACACGGCAUUGACUUUCGUUCCAAAGAACAUUUGGCUGCAGUUCCACAACAUUGCAAACAUCUAUUUCUUAUUCGUCAUUAUUCUUAAUUUCUUCCCCAUUUUCGGUGCCAACAACCCCGGACUCAACGCAGUUCCGCUAAUUGUUAUUAUCGUGGUGACCGCGAUUAAGGACGCAAUCGAAGAUUGGGGACGAACUGUCGUGGAUAACCAAGUGAACAACUCCCCAGUGUACCGAUUGAUCGAAUGGAGUAACGUGAACUCGACCGAGGAUAGCAUUGGGCUCUGGCGUCGGGUCAAGAAGGCGAGCACUCGUGGUAUUAUCGCUUCUUUCAAGUGGAUGAAGACCGUGUUCAAUAAAAAGUCCGAUACCACCGACCCAGAAGAUGAUCAACGACGCGAAUCAUUCCUUACAACGGGCAAUCCGCGGGCCUCAAUGUAUUCGAAUCGCGACUCCCUUGCUGAUGUCGCUAUCCCGAUGACCGAUGUUCCUUCUCCCAAACCCGAAACCCGAGAGGAGUGGCCGAGCCGCCCCGAGAACAAGUACCUUUCUCCCGAUAGCGCAGCUCGCGAAAAUGUCGUGGCUCCGUCGCCUGACAAGAAGACUGGCACUGUGGUGGACAACACCAAGGUGACACCCGGCACGGCUCGUUUCAAGCGUGACUAUUGGAAGAACAUCCAAGUUGGUGACUUUGUUCGAUUGUACAAUGAAGACCCAAUCCCUGCCGAUAUUGUGAUUCUAUCUACCUCCGAUCCCGAUGGAGCUUGUUAUGUCGAAACAAUGGGCUUGGACGGCGAGACCAAUCUGAAGGUCCGCCAUGCUCUCCACUGCGGUCGCCAGGUUCGCCAUGCACGUGACUGCGAAAAGGCCGAGUUCACCAUUGAGAGUGAGGCGCCUCAUCCCAACUUGUACAGCUACAAUGGUGCGAUUCGCUGGGAUCAGCGUGAUCCGCGGUUCCCCGAGGCCCCCCGCAAGGAGAUGGUGGAGCCUGUAACGAUCAACAACAUGCUGCUUCGUGGCUGCUCGUUGCGCAGUACCGAGUGGAUUCUUGGCGUGGUCGUUUUCACUGGUGGAGAGAGCAAGAUUAUGCUUAACUCAGGUGCAACACCUGCCAAACGUGCUCGUCUGGCCAAAGAUCUGAACUGGAACGUCAUUUACAAUUUCAUCAUUCUGUUCAUCAUGUGUCUUGUCGCCGGUAUCGUUAACGGCUUUGCAUGGGCUGCUCCAGACAAGUCUUUAGACUUCUUCGACUAUGGUUCCUAUGGAGGCACGCCCCCUGUCACGGGUAUCGUUACUUUCUGGACGGCUGUCAUUUUGUUCCAGAACUUGGUUCCCAUUUCGCUCUACAUUUCUCUUGAAAUUGUUCGGACUAUCCAAGCAGUCUUCAUCCACAGUGAUCUUUACAUGUACUACGAACGGUUGGGUCUCUACUGUGUGCCCAAGUCCUGGAACAUUUCUGAUGAUGUGGGGCAAGUCGAGUACAUUUUCUCUGACAAGACCGGUACCUUGACCCAGAACGUCAUGGAGUUCAAAAAGGCUACUGUCAAUGGCGUCUCUUACGGUGAAGCUUAUACAGAGGCCCAGAUUGGCAUGAGGCGCCGUGAAGGUGUCGAUGCCGAUGCCGAGGCUGCCGUAGCUCGUGCACAGAUUGCCGCCAAUGGAGUCAAGAUGCUCGAGAGCCUCCGCCGCCUCCAUGACAAUCCAUACCUGAAAGACGAGAACUUGACUUUCAUUGCUCCCAACUACGUCGCAGACAUUGAAGGGCAAUCUGGCGAGGAGCAGAAGAAGGCCGCCGAGCAUUUCAUGCUGGCUCUGGCUGUUUGCCACACUGUCAUCACUGAACAUACUCCUGGUGAUCCGCCUCAAAUCGAAUUCAAGGCACAGUCGCCCGACGAAGCGGCCCUGGUUAGCACUGCUCGCGACUGUGGCUUUACUGUUCUCGGUCGUGCCGGUGAUGAUCUGCUCUUGAACAUCAUGGGCGAGGAACGCACUUACACCGUCUUGAAUACCCUCGAAUUCAACUCCUCCCGAAAGCGUAUGAGUGCUAUCAUCCGUAUGCCUGACGGUACCAUUCGUCUCUUCUGCAAGGGUGCAGACAGCAUCAUCUAUUCUCGUUUGGCUCGUGGCCAACAGCAAGAGCUGCGACGCAAGACCGCCGAGCACCUAGAGGAAUUCGCCAAGGAGGGUCUUCGAACCUUGUGUGUUGCUGAUAAACUCCUUAGUGAGGAUGAAUAUCAUGCUUGGGCUCGAGAGCACGACAUUGCCGCCGCCGCCAUCACCGAUCGUGAAGAGAAGUUGGAGAAGGUCUCGAGCGAGAUCGAACAGGACUUAACGCUUAUCGGCGGUACCGCUAUUGAGGAUCGACUGCAAGAUGGUGUUCCAGACACCAUCCAGUUACUCGCUGACGCUGGUAUUAAGCUGUGGGUUUUGACAGGUGACAAGGUUGAGACUGCCAUCAACAUUGGUUUCUCUUGCAAUCUGCUCAACAACAACAUGGAGCUGAUUGUUCUCAACAUUUCGGAGACUCAGCGCGAACAAGCUACUAUGGAGCUUGACAAGCACCUCCAGGCCUUUGGAUUGACUGGCUCCGACGAAGAACUCGUCGCUGCUCGUAAAGAACACACCCCCCCCGAAGCCACGCAUGCUGUGAUUGUCGACGGAGAAACCCUCAAGCUGAUGCUUGACGACGAGUUCAAGCAGAAAUUCCUCUUGCUGUGCAAGCAGUGCAAGGCUGUUCUGUGCUGCCGUGUCAGUCCGGCUCAGAAGGCUGCUGUCGUCAACAUGGUCCGUCAUGGUUUGAACAUCAUGGCUCUUUCCGUUGGUGAUGGUGCCAACGAUGUCGCUAUGAUCCAAGAGGCUGACGUCGGUGUUGGUAUUGCCGGUGAGGAAGGUCGACAGGCCGUGAUGUCCUCGGAUUAUGCUAUCGGACAGUUCCGUUUCCUCCAGCGUCUGCUUCUUGUGCACGGCCGAUGGUCCUAUCGGCGUUUGGGAGAGUGCACAGCCAACUUCUUCUAUAAGAACUUGGUGUGGACUUUCGCUCUCUUCUGGUACUGUAUCUUUAACGAUUUCGAUGGCUCUUAUCUCUUCGAUUACACCUAUAUCGUUCUAGUCAACUUGGCUUUCACUUCGUUGCCAGUCAUUUUUAUGGGCAUUUUCGACCAGGAUGUUGAUGACAGGGUCUCGCUGGCAGUGCCUCAACUCUACAUGAGAGGUAUUGAGCGCAAGGAAUGGUCACAGUUCAAGUUUUGGGCGUAUAUGACUGAUGGUUUGUACCAGUCCGUGAUUUGCUUCUUUAUGCCCUACAUGCUAUACAAGCCUGCGAACUUUACCACUGAAAGUGGCCGUGACAUUGCCGAUCGAACGCGCAUGGGUAUCUUGAUUGCAACUUGUGCUGUGCUUGCUAGCAACACCUACAUCAUGAUGAACACCUACCGUUGGGAUUGGUUCACGGGUCUGAUCAACGCGAUCAGUUCCCUCCUGAUCUUCCUGUGGACCGGCAUCUACUCCUCGUUUACCUCCUCGGGUCAGUUCUACCAGUCUGCUGCCGAGGUAUACGGUGCUCUUAGUUUUUGGGUCGUCCUUCUCGUGACCUGCAUGAUCGCUCUGCUCCCUCGCUUCUCAUACAACGCUGUCAUGAAGGUGUUCUUCCCUCUAGAUGUCGAUAUCAUUCGUGAGCAAGUGACCAUGGGCAAGUACAAGCACCUGGAGGCGAAUGAUGAUAUUCCUACCGUUCCCCCAAAAGCGGGGGAGGUGGCCGCGGUCUCGAGUAAUGGGUCUGCCACCUCCUCGGAAUUUGUCAAGCCCAUUCAGCCCACCUUGAAGCAGGAUCCUUUCAACAAUCCCGAUGAAGAGCGGGAUUUCUAUUCGCCUACCGGCACUGCCAACGGCGCUCAUACCAACGGCCACAACCCCCGAAGUCAAAAUGGCAGCAAUGGCACCAACUACACCGCGAGCCUUGAUCAGUACCCGCGGCCUCAGUCAGUGGACUACGUGCGACGGUCUCAUGAUCGGACUCGUCAUUCCUUCGAGCGUGCACGUCAAAGUUUCGAGCAAAGCAACGACUUUACCUCGGCCGCCAUGCUGCAACGCAUGGAAUCCAGCCACAAUAAUGAGCCUUCUCAGGAUCCCUUCCGAGCACCUGGCGAGCCUCCUGGACAUAAUAUGAUUUGA